AUGCCCACCGAAGUCGAAGGAACCCACCAAAUUGGGGACAUGUCCCUGUACACGAAGACAUGGAAGCCUGACGGAGAACCAAUUGCCAAGGUCGUCUUCAUCCACGGCUUCAGCGACCACUGCAAUCGAUACUACGAACUCUUUCCCUCCCUUGCUGCACGCGGCAUCGAAGUGUUUGGCUUCGACCAGCGUGGUUGGGGACGCUCUGUACACAAAGACUCCGAAAAAGGCCUUACCGGGCCAACAUCUCUCGUCACCUCUGACAUCGUCUCGGUGAUCAAGUCACAAUUGCCUUCAUCCGUACCUCUCUUUGUCUUGGGCCAUUCGAUGGGAGGCGGGGAAGCUUUGACGCUGGCUUCGGAUCCACAAUACACAGACUUGAUGAAGGAUAUCAGAGGGUGGGUUUUGGAGAGUCCGUUUAUUGCUUUUCCGAAGGGCUACGAACCAAGUCCAGUUGUCGUAUUCUUUGGGCGCAUCAUCGGUAGAGUAAUGCCGCAUAAACAACGAUUGUCAGCUCUGUCCCCGGAGGACUUGACAAGAGAUCCGGAAGUUGUCAAGUCAAUCAAGGCAGACAAGCUUUUGCAUGAUAUCGGGACAUUUGGAGGCCUUGCUGGGAUGCUGGACAGGGCGGAGGCGCUGAGCCAAGGCAAGGCCACCCUGAAUAAGGGAGUGAAGAGCCUCUGGCUUGGGCAUGGAACCGAUGACAAAGGCACAAGUUAUCCAGCAAGCAAAAAGUGGUUCGAGAGGCAGACCCAGCUGGAGGACAAGACAUUCAAGACCUAUGAGGGAUGGUCCCACAUGCUGCAUUGCGAUCUGCCGGACAAUCGGUCGGUCUUCGCUAAGGAUGUUGGAGAUUGGAUAUUGGCCCGAAGUGGACCUGAGGAGGUGAAGGCAAAGCUUUGA